AUGAGUAAAAUAUUAUUCUGCAAAUCUAAAGUGUUUCUACAUCCGACAAGUGAUGCCAGAGAUAAUAUCGCAGGUGUUCUGCUACUCACUUUGGAGCCCAGCAAGCUGCCUCAUCAAACAAUCCUCCAAUAUAUACCGGAAGCUGGCUUUUCCUCCUCUGAGAUCUCAAAACUACUAAAACAUGAAUCUAAAGUGGGUAUGUGUCCAAAUUCUACACCAUUUGUUGUUGAGAAUUCAAUAGAUUUUAGUAAUCUUGUCAACUCUUCAAGUCAAGCUUUCGAGAUUGCUCUGUCACAAAUAUACUGCGCCCAAUUUAGACCACCUAGCCCAAAUGGUUGGUAUGUUGGGUCUCUGGUAAUAUAUCCUUUGGCAGAACAAUUUACAGGAUUUCAACCACCGGUAUUGUUUUUCCAUGAUGAGCUCUGUGCAUCAACUACGGACAAGUUGAAAAGACUACGUAAAUCUAUGAAUCCAUUCGAUGAUUCAGAUGAAUUGUAUUGGGGUGGCGUAGAUUUGAGAAACAAAAUUAAUGAACUUAUGGAACUGAAAAAAUCAAACUUGGAACCGGAAUUUUGGCUGGUAAAUCCGACUUUAAAUGAUUUGAGAAACUUUGUCUCUAAGGAUCUAUUGGAAAGUUAUAAAAAUCCAAGCGAAGCUACGCAUGAACCUGCUACGGCUGGUGUAAAACUAAACGAAAAAUUUCAAGAAUGGAAGUGGAACGUAAUGAGUAAGAUAGCAGAUGUGACCACAAAGUCAACCAAUUUUAUUGAUAGUUGGUUAACUAAUAACUCAAGUUUACAAAAAUCGCAAAUUGAAAACGAAUACUUGCAAAAGCUUCUGAAUAACGAAAAGGUUAAACAAAUUGAACAAGAUUAUGAUUCGGCAAGAGUAUAUUUGGCAAACUGGUCAUUGGGGGUGAAACAGGAGGCUGAGAGAUACCAAAAGCAGAACAAGCUUUUUGAUUCGUAUAGAAGUAACAUUUUUAACGACCUGAAUUUAACUGAUGAGCUAAGUGACACGGAAAUAAAUAAUGCCCUGCAAAGACAAUUUCCUCUAACGGAAGCGAAAUGGAAUUCACUGUGGGACGAGAACGAUGGAAGGCUGAGAGUCACGGUAAACGAAGUUAAAGAUUUCAUAUUCCAUGGUGGAUUAGAAAAUGACAGUUUGAGAGCCAAAGUUUGGGGGUUUCUUUUAGAAAUACAUCCCUGGGACUCUUCUCAAGAUGAAAGGUUACAAAUUAACCAAAGUUUAGCUGCGGAUUAUGAUCAACUGAAACUAACCUGGUCAAAGGAAUUUUUACAGUUCGACAAUGAAGACGAAGAGGAGUACUGGAACGAUCAAUUAUUUAGAAUAUCUAAAGACGUAAGAAGGUGUGAUAGAAACUUAAAAAUAUUCCAAUAUAACACCACUGAUGGAUUACCUCCAUUGCCACAGAACUCUUCCGGAAAUGAAAACAAUGAUAACAGCCUCAAACCGGCGAAUGAUGAAAGCAAUGAUGCUGACGAUGAGGUUAAAAACCCGCAUUUGAUCCAUCUGCAAAAUAUUCUUAUCACUUAUAAUGUUUACAACACAAACUUGGGAUAUGUGCAGGGUAUGACAGAUCUUUUGUCACCCAUUUACGUCAUCAUGAAGGAUGAGUGGAAAACUUUUUGGUGCUUCACGCAUUUCAUGGAUAUUAUGGAAAGAAACUUCUUAAGGGACCAGAGUGGCAUUCACGAGCAAAUGUUGACCCUCGUGGAAUUAGUUCAGCUGAUGUUGCCCGAAUUGAGCGAACACCUCAACAAAUGCGAUUCAGGAAACCUGUUUUUUUGCUUUAGAAUGCUUCUAGUAUGGUUUAAGAGGGAAUUUGAAAUGGAAGAUAUUAUUCACGUUUGGGAGAAUUUUUGGACUUUCUACUACAGUUCACAAUUCCAAUUAUUCUUCAUGUUGGCCAUCUUGCAAAAAAACUCACAGGCCAUCCUACAGAACCUAAACCAAUUUGACCAGAUAUUGAAAUUUUUCAAUGAACUUAACGGGAAAUUGGAUUGGAAUGACCUGAUGGUUAGAGCAGAGCUUUUAUUCAAAAAGUUCGAAAAAAUGAUGCACGUCAUGGAAAGAGAUUUACAGAACGUAUCCUCCCCCACACCUUCUACUGGUGUAUUGCCUUGUCAAAGUGAGAGGUUGAACUUGCUUCUUUCCAAAAAUCCAAUAAUAAAGCAUGAAGGACAAAGAAGUAAAGAUUCCGUUAAAUAA